AUGGAGGAGAAGGACUUGCAAUCCGUUGAGUAUUUUGUGAAGAGGGAGGUUCUGGAUGAGUUAUGCCUGGAUGAAGUGGCUCAAAAAGAGACCUGGUCCACUAAACUGACACUGGGUGAUCAGGUGAAAGAGCCCCUGAGAUGUUCGGUGCCCAGGCUGAAACACAUACUUCUAACCUGGGUCCCUGUUCUCAGCUGGUUGCCUCGUUACUCCGUCAGAGAAAAUGCCUUAGGAGACCUGAUUUCUGGCUGCAGUGUCGGCAUCAUGCAUCUGCCGCAGGGCAUGGCAUAUGCUCUUCUGGCUUCCCUGCGACCAGUGUAUGGCCUUUACACCUCCCUCUUCCCAGUGCUGGUCUACUUCAUCUUCGGUACAUCGAGACACAUUUCUAUAGGUACAUUUGCUGUGAUCAGCAUCAUGGUCGGGAGUGUGACAGAAAGGCUGGCACCUGACAGUAACUUUAUUGUGAAUGGCACUAAUGGGACGGAAACUGUGGACAUCGAUAAACGCGAUGCUUACAGAGUACAGGUGGCAUGUUCCCUCACAGUCUUGACAGGAAUCUUUCAGAUUCUGUUGGGUGUGGUGAGGUUUGGCUUCGUGGUCACUUACCUCUCUGAGCCCCUCAUUCGUGGCUACACCACAGGAUCGGCAUGCCACGUGUGUGUCUCCCAGCUCAAGUACCUGUUUGGAAUCACACCGUCUCGCUUCACUGGACCCCUCUCCCUCAUUUAUACUGUGUUGGACAUUUGCAGCCUGCUGCCGCAGACUCAGAUGCCAGAGCUGGUGGUCAGCCUGGUGGCACUCGCUGUUCUCAUUGUGGUCAAAGAAAUCAAUGACUGCUACCGACAGAAGCUGCCGUUGCCUAUUCCAAUAGAGCUCGUAGUUGUCAUAGCAGCAACAAUCAUUACACAUUUCUGUGAACUUCCUAGUAAAUACAACAUUGACGUGGUUGGAGAAAUUCCCAGUGGGCUCAAGGCCCCUCGUGCUCCAGAUACCACUUUCUUCUCAGGCGUUAUAGGAGAUGCUUUUGCUGUGGCCAUUGUGGGCUUUGCCAUCAACAUUUCUCUGAGCAAAACAUUUGGCCUCAAAUAUGGCUACAAGGUGGACAGCAACCAGGCAAAAGAGAUUCCUGGAAUUAAAAUCUUCCGUUCAUCUGCAACUAUCUACUACACAAAUGCCGAGAUGUUCUUGGAGGUCUUGCAGGAGAAGACUGGAAUCGAGAUUGGGAAGCUGCUAUCAGCAAAGAAGAAACGAGAUGCAAAGCAGAAGCGUAGACAAGAGAAAGAGAAAAAGAAAAAGAAAACCAAGAAGGAGGCAAAAAAACAAAGAGACGGGAAUAGUGUGGACUUUAGCAUGACAGAAACAGCUACAGAUGGCCUUCAUAAAGGCCAAAUGAACUUGGCUUAUGAACCUGACAUAACCAUGUCAGAUUCAGACUCAGCCACAGGUUCUGACCACAUCACAGAGUUUCCUCGGCACGGCGAUGAAGAGAAAAAACGGGCCUGCAAAUCGGGCACGCACAGCAUCAUCUUGGACAUUUCCACAACCAGCUUUGUGGACACAGUCACUGUGAAGACACUGAAAAAUAUUUUCAGGGACUUUGGAGAAGUUGAUUUGGACAUCUACUUAGCAGGCUGCCAAGCUUGUGUCGUGGAACAGCUGGAAGCAGCGGAUUUCUUCUCAGCCUCCAUCCCAAAGAGCCGGCUGUUUAUCACCGUCCACGAUGCAGUGCUUUAUAUUCGCAAGAAACAGUGGAAGGCUUAUUUUGUGCUUGAUGUGUCCCGCAACACCCAGAUGUGA